GCGAAGCCUCGGCCGAGCGCCUCCUUUCUUCCCUCACCUCCUUCAUUUCCCUUUCCCCUUCUUUUCUCCCUUUCCUUUCCUUCCCUUUCCCUGCUCCAUUUCCCCUUUCCAACAUCCCCAUUCCCUUUGCGCUCCGGUUCCCGGGGCAGGCCCGGGGGGCUGAGGGCUCUCGGGGUUCCCGCAGCUCCUGAGCCUGUCCCGUUGUUCCCGCAGCUCCGGACCCUAUUCCCGCUUUUCCCGCAUCUCCUGACCCUAUUCACGCAGCUCUUGUCCUUAUUCCCAUUUUUCCCGCAGCUCCUGACCCUAUUCCCUUUUUUCCCGAGGCAGGCACCGAGCCAUGCGGAGCUGGGGGGUGCUCGGGGGCGCGGCGGCGGCGCUGGCGGCCGGGAUUUAUGUCCUGUGGGGCCCCAUCAGCGGCAGGAAACGGCGGCGGAGAGGGCUUGUGCCAGGCCUCCUGAACCUGGGCAACACGUGCUUCAUGAAUUCCCUGCUGCAGGGCUUGUCCUCCUGCCCCUCGUUCAUCAGGUGGCUGGAGGAGUUCACAGCCCAGUACAGGACGGAGCAGGAGCAGCCCCAGGAGCAGCCCCAGCACCUCUCAGUGACUCUGCUGCAGCUCCUCAGAGCUCUGUCGUGCCAGGAGGUGCCAGAGGACGACGUCCUGGAUGCCAGCUGCCUGCUGGAGGUGCUCAGGAUGAACAGGUGGCAGAUCUCCUCCUUUGAGGAGCAGGAUGCCCAUGAGCUGUUCCAUGUCCUGACCUCUUCCCUGGAGGACGAGCGGGAUCGGCAGCCCCGUGUGACCCAUCUGUUUGAUGUGCAUUCCCUGGAGCAACCAGAAAUAAUCCAAAAGCAAAUAAGCUGCAGAACAAGAGGAUGUCUUCCCCCUGUGUCCAACCACUGGAAAUCUCAGCACCCUUUCCAUGGAAGGCUGUCCAGCAACAUGGUGUGCAAACACUGUGAGCACCAGAGCCCUGUGAGGUUUGACACCUUUGACAGCCUCUCCCUGAGCAUUCCAGCAGCUGUGUGGGGUCGUCCCAUGACACUGGACCAUUGCCUCCAUCACUUCAUCUCCUCAGAGUCUGUCAAGGAUGUUGUGUGUGACAACUGCACCAAAAUCCAGGCACAAGGAAUUCUGAAUGGACAGAGCAUAGAAAACCAGAGAACAACAUUUGUUAAGCAAUUAAAGUUAGGAAAGCUGCCCCAGUGUUUGUGCAUCCACCUGCAAAGGCUGAGCUGGUCAAACCAAGGCACUCCCCUGAAGAGACACGAACACGUCCAGUUCAACGAGUUCCUGGUCAUGGACAUCUACAAAUAUCGAGUUCCUGGUCCCAAAUCCUGCCAGGAGCAGCUCAGCCAGAAAAACCCGGAGGAGACAACCCCUGGAAUAAAGGAUGGGAGAGCAGGGAAACCUUCAGAUGCAGAACAGCCAGCUGGUACCAAACCUCUCUUCAUGAAUGGUGCCUCCUCUUCCUCCUCCUCCUCUCCCUCAUUUUUAAUGUCCCCAGGAACUUUCCCACUUGCUGCAUUCCCUGAGUGCAGGGCCCCGCUGUACCUGUACCGCCUGAUGGCUGUGGUGGUUCACCACGGGGACAUGCACUCGGGACACUUCGUCACCUUCCGGCGCGCGCCGGGCGCCCGCGGCAGCCAGUGGCUCUGGAUCUCGGACGAGUCGGUGCGCAGGGCCAGCCUGCACGAGGUGCUGGCAGCCAGCGCCUACCUGCUGUUCUACGAGCGUGUGCACGGCCGGGGCCAGCCCCAGAGCCCGGCCCAGAGCUGAGCCAGCGCUGCUGGGAUGGUCCCAGCCCCUGGGAUGGUCCCAGCCCUCGGGGUGAUCCCAGCCCUCUGGACCGUCCCAGCCCUUGGGAUUACUCAAGCCCUCUGGAUGGCCCCAGCUCCUGGGAUGGUCCCAGCCCCGAAUGGAGCCUCUCCAUUAUGCAAACCUCCCCCUUUCCAGGCUCCCUUCCCGGUGGGAGCAGCUGGGAGUUGUGGUUUGUACCCAGAUCCUGCUGUUCCAGCACUGUGCAGCCCCAGGUGUGUGUUUGAGAAGUGUUUUCUGCCUGUCCCAAGGCUCUGUUCCAUGUCCUGACACCGCACUUUUCCCAGGGAGAUGCUUUAUCCCACACAUUUCACUUCCCAAGGGGGAGCCCUGGAAAGGGUUGAUGUCAAGCUGCUGUUGAGGAGCCCCUCCCCAUCCCAGUCCAUCCCCUGGCACCUCUCCACGAUGCACCAGCCCUUCCACAUUCCCUUCCCUGUGGCAAUGGCUGGGAAUUGUGUUUUGUACCAAAAUUCCCAGAGCUGUUCCAGCCCCAGGUGUGUGUUGAGCAGCCUUUGUCUGUCAGGCAGGGAUUUUAUCCCGAGGCUCUAUUCCAGGUGUUUCCCAGUGGGGAGCCCUGGGAGGGGGCGAUGGGAAGCUGCUGUUGGCCGUGAUUUGAGACACAAAGUGCCUUGAGCUUCCCUGAGCAGCUGCAUUGCCACUGGCCCAGCCCCUCUGCAUGCCCACUGUGUCCUGGGAAUGCCUCACACCCAUGGGAUGAACCCAUGGAAUCCCAUUUCUCCUGACCCAUCAAGUCAAGGCAUCUCCACAAACUGCCCCCAUCCAAAAGAUUUCCCUGUUCACACAAUUUUCCUCCCACUUUACUUCUUUAUAAUAUAAAGUCCUUCUCCUGAAUUAAAUUGCUUUAUCCAGGAGAUAAUUUUGUAUCUAUUAAGAGCUGAAACCUUAAUUUAUUGCUCCAUACCUUUGGAAUUUGGCUGGAAUCAGCACAUGGAAGUGUUUGCUAGUGCUCAGUGUUGUCAUUUCCUUCAGCACUGUUGAAUCCAGUUGUUUUGUAGCAUCAACUACAACUUUUAAUGCUGUGAUUUCCAAGCUGCUGUAACUGUUCUAGACUUGCCCUUCCCAUUUUAUUGCUGGAAUCUGCUAUUCCCAGCACUGGGAUCCAUGCUCCUGGCUUGCAGCUCAGCUGUAGAGCAGCUCCUGGCCUUGUUAAAUGGAAUAUAAACAGGAGAGCCAGGACUGGUGGGCACUUACUGGUCUCAUGAAGAAAUCUGGGAAUCCUGCAUCAGAUCCAGGCUGCCCUGUAAAUAGAAGUAAGGGGAAUUCUGCUGCUCUGGAUUGUUUGAUGUGGAAAAAAAAAAAUCCCAAAGCACAGAGGGAGAAGCAGCAAAAAUCCUCCUUUAAAAACCUGCUUUUAAAUGACCAGGAAUAAAAUAUGUAGGUUGUUUUUAGCUCUUUUCUGUCCUUGUAAGCUUGGAGGAGAAAAAUCCCUCAUCAGACAAGCUUUUUUUUCAGUGUGAAGUUUUCAAAUAACAACUGUCUUAAAUAGUUUUUUUAGGGCAACUUUGUACCUCAUGAAUUCAUAGUGCUGCCCAAAGCUCGGGGGUGUUCACACUUCCUCAGGAGAGGCUCCAAACCAGCCAAAGCAGGAGUGGUAAAAUAGGUGGAUAUGCAAAAUUAUUUACACAACUCGUCAUUCCAGAGUCUGGAGCACAAUUCCUGGCCCAGGUAAUGCUCAUAGUACAGAAAUAUUGAUAAAUCCACUGCUGGACUGGGACCUGGUUCCUGGCUGUAGCUUGGUUUUAACCUGUUUUAAUUUACAGAAAACCAAGAAAACAAACAAAAAAAAAAACCCCUUGAAGGAUGCAAAAUGCCAAAAAUUUGCUCUGGCCAUUGAAGGGAGAGCUGACAGAGCUGGAGAAGGAGCCAGCCCUCCCUACUGGUAGCCAUCUAAAACCAUCACCCCAACAUCUCCCUCCAGCAGAUCUGCCCCUGCACCCCAGAACUGAAACCAUUUCCAGUGCCAGCAGUGGCUGUCCUGCAUUCUCCAGGCUCAAUGCUCUGCUUGGGGGUUUUUUUGGAUUUGGGGGGUUUUUCCUGGAUUUGGGGGUUCAGCUGAGCAGCCCCUUGGCUUGGUUGUGCUGGAGGAGGGGCAGAGGACACGCACACUAUGGACUGAAACCUGAAAUCUGGCAGCUGGGACCAGCAGGUUUUCUUUGCCAAGAGCUGUUUCCCUGGGCUGUGGAUUGACUCUGGAUCUCCCUCAAGGGCUAUCAAGGGGAGGGUUGAGCCUUUUUUCUGGCUUUGCCUGGUGGGGAGGAGUAAAUGGGCUUGGCUUAACCCUCAGGUGAGAAAGGGAGCAAAGCCCUGGCCCUGAGCUGUGCCAGAUCCUGCCAGCCCCCUGUGAGCUGGGGAUCUGUGCAGGGCUUUGGGAGCUUAUCCUCCCCUCUGGAGGUCACUGGGAUCUGUUUUUCACCUGUGGAGAUCACUGGAAUUUGUGCAGGUGUUUGGGAACCAACCCUCCCCUUUGCAGGUCCCAAGGCUCUGUGUUUGCCAGCCCAGCCUCCCCUUUGGAGAUCACUGGGAUCUUCUUUCCAGAGGUCACAGAAUUCUGUGUUUUCCAGCUAAAUCUCCCCUCUGGAGGUCACUGGGAUCUGUUUUCCAGCCAAACCUCCCCUCUGGGAGGGCUCUGUGCAGCCACAAGGCUCAAACUCUGGUACUCGUCCCUCUCAAGCUGCCAUGGUGGAGAAGAUGUUAAUAAAUUGUAAAGAAUUAAGAGCUCCAAGAUGA